CAGAUUUACAUAUUCACCCCAAGGGUUUAAGGGUUGCGUGGGUGAGAUCGAGGUGAAGUGUGACUCACCGCGACGGCUUGGCAACAUCAGGAGUUAGUGCAAAGGAUCCGGCAGUGUUGUGCAGUCCCGCGCCUUGAACACCAGCAUUCCUGCAACAGCUUAGCAGACAAUAAAACAGAGACGGCGAUACGACCCAAGCAGCGAUGCCAUCCAACAAGUAUUCCUCCGCUAUCAUGGCGGAAAGUGACAAGAUGACAGCCACGGCUGCAGUAAACGGUGACAUGUCCACAGUGGAGGGUUUGUCAGAGAAUGACAGCAGGCUGGAGAUGACCAACGAGAACAGCCCCUUAACCGGGGCAGAACCACCUUCACCGUUUAGCCCCAAACAGAACGGGGGCGCAGCAUCACCUGCAGAUGAGAGUGUGAACAGCCUGAGGAGGAAAAGAUCUCGGCAGCGUUCAGAAACAGAUUACGAGAGUGCCUGGGACUCAUGCAGUGAGGAGAAGUCUGAUCUGGGCUCAGGUUGUGAUUCCGGGCUUAGACAGAGGCCUCGUCCCAGGACCAUCUUCCAGGCUGGACUAGCAGCUCAGGCAAAACCCCGUAACAGAGAGAGGGGUCGCAGCAAGCAGGAGCCCGGCAGUUUGGUUCCUAGUUUUCCUGAAGGCCCCCAGCUAGAGCUGAUGGAGCAGGACUCUAAAGACUCGGCUCAAAGCAGCACUACAUCCACCUCCACUACCGACACGACCAGCCAGCCUGAAUACAAUGACAAUAAGGGCUUUGGAAUUGGAGAGCUGGUAUGGGGCAAAAUUAAGGGAUUCUCAUGGUGGCCUGGCAUGGUGGUGACCUGGAGAGCCACAGGGAAGAGACAGGCAUCACAUGGCAUGCGCUGGCUUCAGUGGUUUGGUGAUGGCAAGUUCUCUGAGGUGUCUGCAGACAAACUGGAUUCCAUCACAGCUUUCUCUAAAUUCUUCAAUCAAUCCUCAUAUACAAAGCUGGCUUCCUACCGCAGAGCCAUAUUCCAGGCCCUGGAGAUGGCGAGCAUACGUGCUGAGAAGACAUUUCCUCUGUGUGAUUCGGAUAAUCCAGAGGACCAGGUGAAACCCAUGCUGGACUGGGCUCACAGUGGCUUCCUUCCCAAGGGCAAAGAGGGACUCAAACCCAAAGAAAACUCCUCUGAGUGCUGUUUGUUCCCAGCAGUUUCGGAGAGUACAAUGCUGCAGGCUAAACUUCUGGAGUCCAAUCCACCGGAGCUCGCACCGUCUGCUAAGAGGGCCAGACUCAGCAUGUGCAAAGCCAAGUCAGCCAGUGAGGACAUCUACAGUAGAGAACAAAUGGUUCAUGAAGUCUUGAAGAAUCACAGAAGUAUAGAAGAGUUCUGCGUGUCUUGUGGCAAGACGAGAGCAGCAACCUUUCACCCCCUGUUUGAAGGAGGCCUUUGUCAAGCAUGCAAGGAUGUAUAUUUAGAGAUCUCCUAUAUGUAUGAUGACGAUGGCUAUCAGUCGUACUGCACCGUGUGCUGUGGAGGCCGAGAAGUGCUACUUUGUGGCAAUGCCAACUGCUGCAGGUGUUUCUGUGUGGAUUGUUUGGACCUGCUGGUGGGUGCAGGAGCGUCAAACAGUGCACGGGAUUUGGACCCGUGGCUGUGUUAUAUGUGUCAGCCCUUGCAGCAGUAUGGAGUGCUGAAGAGACGUCAUGAUUGGAGCCUUAAACUACAGGAGUUUUUUGUCAACGACAAUGGACAGGAGUUUGAAAGCCCCAAAAUUUUCCCAGCAGUUCCAGCAGAGCAAAGGCGUCCAAUUAGAGUUCUGUCACUGUUUGAUGGCAUUGCCACAGGUUACCUGGUGCUGAAGGAUUUGGGCUUUAAGAUUGAUGCAUAUAUUGCCUCAGAGGUGUGCGAGGACUCCAUAUCCGUGGGAGUCGUCCGACAUGAAGGAAGAAUCCAAUAUGUGAACGACGUUCGAAACAUCACCCGGAAAAAUAUUGCAGAGUGGGGACCGUUUGACUUGGUGAUUGGUGGAAGCCCGUGUAAUGAUCUGUCAAUCGUCAAUCCAGCCAGGAAGGGCCUUUAUGAAGGUACUGGACGUCUGUUCUUUGAGUUCUAUCGGCUGCUGAGUGAAGCCAAGCCAAAGGAGGGAGAAGACCGGCCCUUCUUCUGGAUGUUUGAAAACGUGGUUGCGAUGGGCGUCAAUGAUAAACGCGACAUUUCCCGCUUCCUUGAGUGUAAUCCAGUGAUGAUUGACGCGAUUGAAGUCUCAGCAGCGCACAGAGCAAGAUAUUUCUGGGGCAACCUGCCAGGAAUGAAUAGGCCUCUCUGUGCCUCUGGCAUGGAUAAGCUAGAACUACAGGACUGCUUGGAGCAUGGCCGUCUGGCAAAGUUUGGAAAGGUGCGUACUAUCACAACCCGCUCCAACUCCAUCAAGCAGGGUAAAGACCAGCAUUUCCCUGUCAUCAUGAAUGGCAAAGAGGACAUUCUGUGGUGUACAGAGCUUGAGAGGAUUUUCGGGUUUCCUGUGCACUACACAGACGUGUCCAACAUGGGACGUGGUGCCAGACAGAAACUGCUAGGUCGCUCAUGGAGUGUGCCAGUCAUCCGACAUCUCUUUGCCCCUUUGAAGGACUACUUUGCCUGUGAAUAGCAGCUUAAAAAAGUGUCCAGUCCUCUCAGGCCAAAGUCACACUGGCACAAUAUCUACAGCAACAGAGCACCGAACGGCUUCACGAGACACAAGGGCAACUUCAGAGGUUCAGUUGUUUUCGUCUUAGAGACUCCAAAUAAGAUUGUGUCCAGCAGGUGAUGCUUUUGCUUUGACAACAAGAAGUCAUGUUGCUGGGUUUUUAACAGCCUACUUCAGUUACGACAAGAACUGGCUGUUUGACCGUAUACCUUCAACUGAUGGCCGUAUACAUUUGAACUCAUAAAAUCUUUACUUAAAAGUACUUGAUUUUCAGGGAUCUUGUUUUACCUAAUGAUGCCUUUUCCGCCUUUAUGGACAGAAAUGCUGGUGGACAGGUUGAAAGAUCUUGACAGGCAACGUUGACAUUCUGGUGCAGAUUAACAUUAUUAUAUCUCACUUAACAGUUUUGUGAUUUUUUUUUUAUUGAAGUCCCAUGUUUUGUUUUGUGUUUUCCUGUGAGCUCUGUAACAUCAUAAUGUGCAUCUGUGCAUCUUUAAAGAUGAUUUUUUUUUUUGCCAGUUCAGUUUAGUUUUUUUUUCUAGUAGAAAGAAGUACUAAGAAUUCAUAACCCUUAACCUUUUUAUGUUGCUUUUCAAAUAAUGGAAACAUUGAUUACUUACCAAAAUGUCAGAGUUGUUUACACGUAAAGUGACUUAUUUUAGAAUGUCAGGUAUUUAAUUAUAGGACGCAUAAUUUCUUUUUUUUUUUUAAAUCAGUUAGUCAUGCCAAAGAUCAAAACACACAGACUGAGUCUUAAUUUCAGGAUUCCUUUCAGUUUGGACUUUUUACAGAAAGGGACAGCUUAACACUUCGUAUAUUUUUUUGUUGUUGUUGUUUUGUUUAUGCAGUGACUUUGGAUUGCGUGACCUUUGACAAGCAUUUGUGAUGCGCCACAGGUCUUUUUACACAAAGAAAUACUUGAAAUAAGUGCAUCAGUGCAAAAAGCUAAGCUGUGAGACCACAUUAUAUAUAUUUGCAAAAGAAAUUUUGCAUUCCAGGGGGGAGAAAUCGUUAAAAGAUAAACCAUUGUAAAACAAAGCCAAGUGUACAAUUACUAUAUCAGUGGUUUAUCUGAUAUUACAUGUCUUUAUUACCAGUAAUAUCAUGGAUACAAAAAACAUUAAGAGCUUUUUUGAAAAGAAACCUAAAUACAGUAAUUACUAGUAAAACACAGGGUACUGUUUUUUAUAUGUUUACAUUCCUAACAGGUUUUAUGGUCUUUACUUAGACCUUCACUGGAACUGUAUUAUGAAAGCACCUGUCUAAAAAAAAAAAGGACUGACUUUAAACUAAACAGUACCUUCUUUACUACUACUAUCUUUACUACUGUUUCUUUGUUGUAUUCUGUGCUCUGUCAUAACAGGUUGCGUAUUCUUCCUUUUACAUUCUUUUUAAGUAUCAUUUUCAAAUGUUUUAAACGUAUGGUGCCUUCUAAAGUACAGUACUCCUUGGAGCCUUUCUGAGUGCGUUACAAUAGAAAGUAAUACUUAAACUCUAGAUAGACAUGCUUCAGAACGACUACUGUCUGGAAUUAAAGCUUGAAUAUGACGUUAGUCUUUUUAAGACAGUAUGCUGAAAUCUCCUUGUUUUAGUAUCUCAUGUAAGAUAGAAGUUUUCUAUGACUUAUAUUUGCAAAAACGACAACUACAAACUAAUAGCCCAAACUAUAGGUCUAUGUAAAAAAUAGCACAAAGUACUGCCUACUUUUCACAUUUUGUAGACUUUAUAUUGUAGUGUUUUAAUAUUUCUUUUUAAAGUUCUAACAUUUUAUAGUAGUUCUUUAAAUGUGUUACAUAAAUGUUUGUCAUUGGCUUGAUAUUUGGUAAAAAUUAAAACACAGUGGCACUGAAAACUUACAUAUUAACAAUACUUUUUUUUACAUUUUUUUUUAUAUAAAGUCCAUUUUGGAGCAUUUUUGAUAAGUACUCCAUGACUUUAUUUUUAUACUUUUGUACUCAUUUGUAUGUUUUUGUA